CAAAUAUUUUAGCAGACAGUUAUGGAUCGCUCGUCUGUGUUUCACGUAAUAGCAGCAGUUUAUCAUUUCUAUGCCCUUAUUUACCCCUACUACCACGGACUCAACAUGAACCACGCUAAGGGAUUUGGAGGCAGACUAAAGUUUCUUACUAUAUGGGGCCACCUUCUGCAGGUUGGGUACUACAUAUUUGCUGCCCUGGUUGACGUAUAUAAUCAGUGCCGUGGUUCUCCUUGUUCUAAACUGAAACAGGCCAGAGAUUGGUGGUUUUCAACUCUCGUGUUCCCGAUAACAUUCCUUGUAUUCAUACUUUUCUGGGGAUUGUUUGCUUAUGACAGAGAACUAGUAAUGCCUAAAAGACUGGACGCUGAGAUAGAUCCACUAUUCAACCACAUGGUACACACCUUCAUUAUUUUCUGGGCACUAACGGAACCUCUGGUAACCGAAAUCACCAUCCCCAAGAAACGCCAAGGACUUCUCGCCAUAGCCUUCUUCGGAGUUUCCUAUACAGUCUGGUCUUACAUAAUUUUCCUGAACAUAGGAAAAUGGGUCUAUCCUAUACUCAAUAUACUGUCUGAUGUACAGCGGGUCUUGUUUAUUCUUGUCGCUUAUGUCCUGAUAGUCUGUUUGUUCUUUUCUACAGGGCAUAUCAGAAAAAAUUUGGAAGAGCUCAUGUGGUCGCGGCUAAGAAAACUCAUUAAAUUUGCAUUUGUUUAGUGGCAUGGGGGAGGAUCGUCGUUGUAAUUUUUAUUAGGUCUAAUAUUCACCAAUGAAAUUUAAUGAAGGGGACCUUUUAAAUUGUUAGCUAUUAAUUAGACAAAUUAAGUUUCUAAAAUCAUUUUGUUGUAUUUAAUUCAGCUUUCCGUCAGAGAUUAUUUUUCGAACUAAAGUUAUUGACAACUUCUAAAGUUUUUGUUUAGAUUGUGAUUUUUGUCUUAUUUUUAUUGUUUUUGAUUUCCUAUUAAAUAUAUUUCUUGUUUUCUCGGUAUGCGUUACAUUUUGACUUAGUUACAUCUAGAUUUAAUAACAUCUGUAUUCUGUAUUGUUUUUUAUCAUUGACACUGAAUAUUAGUCUUUAAUGAAAAUUCAU